AACGAGAGAAAAGUCUUCGGUUGACGCAUUUUUCGCCAUUGUUGAUUCCGAGGCGAUAAAACCAGCAAGCGUCGUCCGAGUCUCUCAGAUUUAACUGUGAAUAUCCGAGCUACAAACUUCCAACUCGACUUAAUACUGCACAUCCUCUUGUAAGGUAAAAUGCAGAUCUUCGUGAAGACCCUCACCGGCAAGACCAUCACCCUCGAGGUCGAGCCCUCAGAUACCAUUGAGAACGUCAAGGCCAAAAUCCAAGAUAAGGAAGGCAUCCCACCUGACCAGCAGCGCCUGAUCUUCGCUGGCAAGCAGUUGGAGGACGGCCGUACUCUGUCUGAUUACAACAUCCAGAAGGAGUCGACCCUCCACCUGGUUCUCCGUCUGCGUGGUGGAAUGCAGAUCUUUGUCAAGACCCUCACUGGCAAGACCAUCACCCUUGAGGUCGAGCCCUCCGACACCAUUGAGAACGUGAAGGCCAAGAUCCAGGACAAGGAAGGCAUUCCUCCUGACCAGCAGCGUCUCAUCUUCGCUGGAAAGCAGCUCGAGGAUGGUCGCACCUUGUCCGACUACAACAUCCAGAAGGAGUCGACCCUCCACCUGGUUCUCCGUCUGCGUGGUGGCAUGCAAAUUUUUGUUAAGACUUUGACUGGCAAGACCAUCACCUUGGAAGUCGAACCUUCGGACACAAUUGAAAACGUUAAGGCCAAAAUCCAGGACAAGGAAGGUAUCCCUCCUGACCAGCAGAGACUGAUUUUCGCUGGCAAGCAGCUUGAGGAUGGACGCACCCUGUCAGACUACAACAUCCAGAAGGAAUCCACCCUCCAUCUUGUCCUUCGUCUUCGCGGAGGUAUGCAGAUCUUUGUCAAGACCCUCACCGGCAAGACCAUCACCCUUGAGGUCGAGCCCUCCGACACAAUUGAGAAUGUCAAGGCCAAGAUCCAAGACAAGGAAGGCAUUCCUCCCGAUCAGCAGCGUCUCAUCUUCGCUGGCAAGCAGCUUGAGGACGGCCGUACUCUUUCUGACUACAACAUUCAGAAGGAGUCGACCCUCCACUUGGUCCUGCGUCUGAGAGGUGGCAUGCAGAUUUUCGUGAAGACCUUGACUGGCAAAACCAUCACCCUGGAAGUUGAACCCUCCGACACCAUUGAAAACGUUAAGGCCAAAAUCCAGGAUAAGGAAGGUAUCCCUCCUGACCAGCAGCGCUUGAUCUUUGCCGGAAAGCAGCUGGAAGAUGGACGCACGCUCUCUGACUAUAACAUCCAGAAAGAAUCAACUCUCCAUCUCGUCCUGCGACUCAGAGGCGGGAUGCAAAUUUUCGUUAAGACUUUGACUGGCAAGACUAUCACCUUGGAGGUCGAGCCCUCUGACACAAUCGAAAAUGUGAAAGCCAAGAUCCAGGACAAGGAAGGAAUUCCCCCUGACCAGCAGCGUCUCAUUUUUGCUGGCAAACAGCUCGAGGACGGUCGCACUCUCUCAGACUACAACAUCCAGAAGGAGUCGACCCUUCACUUGGUCCUGCGACUCCGAGGUGGAAUGCAGAUUUUCGUUAAGACCCUCACUGGCAAAACCAUCACCUUGGAAGUUGAGCCCUCAGACACCAUCGAAAACGUGAAGGCCAAAAUCCAGGACAAGGAAGGAAUUCCCCCUGACCAGCAGAGACUGAUUUUCGCCGGCAAGCAGUUGGAGGACGGUCGUACCUUGUCAGACUACAACAUCCAAAAAGAGUCCACCCUCCACCUUGUCCUGCGUCUGCGUGGUGGUAUGCAGAUCUUUGUCAAGACCCUCACUGGCAAGACCAUCACCCUCGAGGUCGAGCCCUCCGACACCAUUGAGAACGUCAAAGCCAAGAUCCAGGACAAGGAAGGCAUUCCUCCCGACCAGCAGCGUCUCAUCUUCGCUGGCAAGCAGCUGGAGGACGGCCGCACCCUGUCCGACUAUAACAUUCAGAAGGAGUCGACUCUCCAUUUGGUCCUGCGUCUGCGAGGUGGAAACUAAUUCUUCUGCUUCUCAUAUGAUUCCAGUAUUUUAAAGUCUGCAAUUUUUAUUUUUCAUACAUUAUUCCAGAAAAAUAUCAGUCAAUGGUUUAAUUUAAUCUUCUGAGUCAUAACAUAAUAAAAGCAGCAUUUGCAAAAUAU